AGGCGCUGAGCAAUGCCACAACCAAGUUUCUGCAGCUUGAAGACUUUCGGUGGACUAUAGGCUCAAUACAAGCCCGUGCGUUCAAAGAGCGCGCACACACCACUUCUCUAUUGCGAUUUUCUCUUUGAACACUCCACAGCAAAACAAUCCAUCAGUGGACUUUAAAGAAAACACAUUAUUCUGGAGGGCUGCUAUCACCAUGAGCGCCGGACAGACGUACGAGAAGAAGAUUGCGAGUAUUUUGACCGAUCUUCCCGGAUCUAUGAGUUGCCACCCGAGCUCCAAGGACUCUCCUACGCUCCCCGAGUCUUCGGUGACGGACAUGGGCUACUACAGCGGACAGACGGCCCAUCACGAAUACUAUCAGAGUCAGCCGUACGGACAGCCCAUGAACUCUUACCACCACCAGUUUAAUCUGAACGGAAUGGGAGCCGCUGGAGCGUACGCCACCAAAUCUGAAUACCCCUACACGAAUAGCUACAGACAGUACGGACAUUACAACAGAGAUCACCUCCAGGCCUCGCCGCCGGGCUCAGUGAAAGAAGAGCCAGAGCCUGAGGUGCGCAUGGUGAACGGAAAGCCGAAAAAGAUUCGCAAGCCGAGGACGAUCUACUCCAGCUACCAACUCGCUGCUCUCCAACGGCGCUUCCAGAAAGCGCAGUACCUCGCCCUGCCCGAGAGAGCGGAGCUUGCGGCACAGCUCGGCCUCACUCAGACACAGGUCAAGAUCUGGUUCCAGAACAGGAGAUCUAAAUUCAAGAAGCUGUACAAAAAUGGCGAGGUUCCCCUGGAGCACAGUCCCAACGCCAGCGACUCCAUGGCCUGCAACUCCCCGCCCUCCCCAGCAGUCUGGGAGAACAGCACCCCUCAGAACACCCCGAUCAGCAGACCUCAAGUGCCGCAGCCGACGCACAGCUCUUCGCCGCCUUAUCUGGAGGAUUAUAACAACCACUGGUACCAACAGGGUUCACACCUACAGCACCCGGGGACCGUGCACCACACAGUCCCACAGCAAAGCGUGGGAGCUGUUUAUUAACAGACUCCAGAACAGAUUCGUCUAAUCUGUUGUUUAUCUCAAACGAGGUCUCUCCACAAUGACUCUGCAGAGCAAAUGUUGACUGGACCGGGAGCAGGCCUGAAAUGAAACGUCUGUCGUUUUUGUUUUUGGAUGAACAAGAAUGUUCCAGAAAUGGGGUUCCAUACGCAAAGCACAUGAGGGAUGUCGAAUCACUUUUGGCAGCAUAUUUAAAGGACAUCUGGCGUGUUUUUUUUCCCUGUUCUUUUAAAUUAUUUAUCGCUUCUGUUGUAUUUCCUUAACUCCUUUUGUAAAUGAAAAUGCAAAGUUUUUUUUUUUUUUUUUUUUUUUUUUUUUUUUUUUUCAAGAAAACAAGUCGCCUAACCACAAACCGAAUAAUGACAAGAAAAACUGUGCGGGUGAUCCAUGCUACAUUCAAAUCAUGCAUGUGGGUUUGCCCUUACAAAAAACUCAGGUCAUAUAUUUAUAUAGAUUUGUUUAAAAAAAGACAAAAAAAAAAAAACAAAAACUGUCGAAGGCUGUAAAUAUGUGUUUAUAUGCAGAACCACUAUGAUCAUUUGUCUGAACGACUGCACUGUGGUGCUCUCAAAACCCCUUUUUAUAUUCAUGUAAUUAGUCCACUUGUUGCCUUCCUGUCAACUGAAUAAAGGUGUUAAUUGCA